CUUGGCAAACAGGGGGUCAAGCUACUGUAGCUUCUUCGAGUCAAGACAAGCAGCAGUACGCGGCUCUUCACUUCAAUAUCCCUCGCAUUCAACAAGUCAACAACGACCAACGAUGGAAGCAAAUCAAGAGCCGCAGGGCUCGCUGAGCUGGAGAUUAUCCUCACAUCCUAUUACGCUACUGUGUUUCCUCGGGUUCCGGAUCUCGAGUUUACUGGUGUAUUUGUUUGGACUGCUCUUCACCAAGAACUUCGUCCUAAUCUUCAUUAUCACCAUUCUCCUCCUCGCAGCCGACUUCUAUUACCUCAAGAACAUCGCUGGGCGGCGCCUCGUCGGCCUUCGGUGGUGGAACGAAGUCGAUGCGCAGACGGGGGAUUCGCAUUGGGUAUUCGAGUCGUCGGACCCUUCAGUCAAAGUUAUAAAUGCAACCGAUAGCCGCUUCUUCUGGAUCGCACUGUACUCGCAGCCGUUGCUUUGGGUGGCGCUGGCGUUCGUGGCUAUUUUCAGCUUUGAAUUUAUUUGGUUGACGUUGGUUGCUAUUGCGCUCAGUUUGACAAUCACAAAUACCCUGGCUUUCUCGAGAUGUGACAAGUUCGGCCAGGCAUCGAAUAUGGCUGGUAGUGCCAUGUAUUCUGGAGGAAUUGCUGGGAAUUUGGCGAGUGGCAUGAUUGGAAGGUUCUUUUCCAGGUGAUUUCUUGAUGAUGAGAGUUUGAGCAAUGGGAAGGAGGGUGUAUGAUACUUGUGACAACAGGCGAGUGUACUUCCAAGGAAUCGGUCGGGUUCUUAGAGUUAAGUUCAACAACGGGUAUGCGAGCUCUUUUUUUAUGAUACCGAAGGACUGCAGUCUUCAAAUUAAGCAUCACUUGAAUGUCAAUACACUGCUGCGUGCUGUUGAGCUCG